CUCAACAAUAAAACAACAAAAAAAACACAAACAUAAACAUAAAAAAUAAAACAAAAUACAAAAACUAUUUAGGAGGAUCUGAACACCAGUAUUUGGCAAAAUGGUUAAGAUGGUUAAGGGGGCUGCUUCUACUAAGGAUGCCGUGGGUCUGAUAAGCGAAUCGGAAAUGUUGGAACGGCAAAGAAAUUACACUGUUCGACUGCACGACAUUGGUGUCGCCUGUUCGACAUUCAAGAAUUCACUCGCUCAGUUUCGAGAUCUGGAGGAAGAACGGACUAAUCAAGCCCGUUGGGAUCAGUUUACCCGGUGUGAUGGCCUGCCAAAGGUCCGAUCCCCAGUCGAGAUCAGAACAUUUUUGGCCAAGAUUCGUCACUUUGAAGAGAUCGAAACUAACAGCUCCAUUGACUGGACUCUGGGAGUGGACGAGCGUAGUAUUCUGACACAGAAUAUUUACCACAAGGACCUAACACGAGCAACGUUGCAAAAAACGUCUAGCGAUAAUCCUGGUUCUUAUUUUGAGACCAACUUAAAGAAUUGCCUAGAAGUAUUGCAACAGGUGGAUGUUUUGAUGGACAACGAGGUGGAAAUGGAGCGCAUACGUUUGAAAGUACAGAUUGAUCUAAUGGAGGUUUACAGAGACGUCCAACGGGAGAUAGAAAGUCUCUUCGACCGUCUUACAUAUCGGCUAUUGCGAAUGCAAAAGGUCUACAUGGAAUCUGCUAAUGGAAUAGUGGCUAGGUGGAGCCACUCAUGUGACUCAUGGCGCAUGGAUCUUUGGGGUCUUUACAAUGUGCCCAUAAUCUUUAAGCAACUGGAAGUUCCAUUGAUGAUGGCCGACUUUAAAGCCACGGAAGUUACGGUCCAGUUACCAUUAAGUGUCCUGUGGGAUUGCGUCACCCUACGCUGUGUCCACACCAGUUUUGACCAUCGUUCGGAGGACGCGAAGAGCUACGAAACACCGACAGUCGACGCCAGUGUUGUUCCCAUUUCUGGAAUAACUGAAAUGGAAGAGUCGGUGGUUGGUGAGUGGUUGAUGCAGCAUGACAUACAGGAGGAGACUUUGGAAAGCAUGAACAAAAAACGAGAGGAGUACGAAGAACUAAUGCAGCUCAUUGCCGAGCGGACCGAACAGGCUGCCAAGGAGGCGAAGUUUGGUAAAGCCGCCGAUGGUGGUAAGCGCCCGAAGAUAGUCAUCCCGAAGACACCGAAGAUGGUGCCCCUCGUACCGCAAGGAAUGUUUCCCGAAAUCUAUAACGAGUUUCUUCAUCGCGAGGAUAAUCAAUACACGAAGUUUCUGGAUAGUUAUUACCAUCCAAAACUUCUAAACCUAUCGUCCGAGGAGAUAAAUCUUAGGGAGUGUAUGAUCAUUGGCGGAGUCUAUAACAUUACAUUUGUUCGGCGACCUGACCAAACGCAAUUCGAGAAGUUCAAUAUUAUUUUGCACGAGGAUGGACGCGUUCUGCAUAUUGUAGCUGAUGUGGUGGCUCGAGUUGAAGGCAACUUUCGAAGCUCCCAUGUUUCCGACUUCACCAGAAUGACCUUAGCUAGUAGCCAGUUCAGGCUGGACGAUAAUGAGCUGCCAUUCUUCGUUGUUACCGUGAAGUUGCCCCCAGAUCUCUGCAGGUGGGGCAAACCCGAGGUGUGUCAUUAUUUGAGAGAAGUGGAGGCACCUCCACGGACACCGGAUAGGAGUACCCUCGUUGCGGUUAAUGUUGUCGAUCCCCAACGGAUAUCAUCUCAAUUAAACCAAAGAGAAGACAGCGCCAACCGAUCAACAUUCGGCAAUCAGUUUUAUCCCACUCUCAGAUCAAUCCUAAAGCAAAGUAUUACCUAUGCACAUAACCUUGAAAUAGGGUCUCCUAUCCAGGAUUUUCAUUUGAACAAGGCUUUAAAUAAGAUUGAAAUUAUGAAGUUAAAAAAAAUAUGCCUGCCUCGCAUAAUUUCCUCUUUUAAGCUACCAAGUGAAUUUACUGAAGACAAUCUAACAUCAGAAGCCCAAAAGUCAAGGCCGAAUCGCUUAUUGAAAAGGACAGAAACCGAGUUGGCUGUGGAGACUAAACUUGCACCAUCGGAAGACUUUGAUUAUGCAUCGCAACAACGGCCCGAAAGGAUGUUUCCCAUUUUUGAAAAGACAGUUCCUGUAGGAUUCAUUCCUGCUGGUAAUUCAUCCACCAUCGAUUUUACUGAUACAACAACAGCAUGUGGAUUAUUUUCCACACUGGAGACCAUCAAAGGAAAGUACUUGCACAAGCCCUUCCAACUGUUAGAACAAAUCGAAGUCGUACCGAAGAAUAAAAGGACAGAGGUAAAAAGUGUAGAGGUCGUAAAAAGUUCUACAAGUCUUAGGGAUAAAGUGUCUACUGCGACUGUAAGCGAUAGAAGGAGUAUUACAGAUGCAAGUGAGAGAAAGAGUGCCAUGGAAGACUUAGCCAAAGGUCAAGACCAUAAGGCAACCAGAAGAAGUGGUUCUGUCAACAGGCGGCGAUCGACGCGUAAGUCUGCCAAGGUAGAAGACCCUUUCAAGUUUCGCUAUGAAGAAAAGGAACCAGCAGUAUUGCUUGAUCACUGGACUAAAGAGCACAUUAUCGAAUCGACGAUUGAUCACGAGACUAACACACUCACCUUUAGAACGACCCGUUUGGGCAUUUUUGGACUGGCCUUCAAACGAUACGAACACUUUCCCUUCCGUGAUUGGUGUCUGCAGCCAAAUGAGAAUAAUCCAGAUGAGAUCAUUCUCAGCUUGGACACAUUCCAUGCUCGAAUGUUUUUCUACAUCACAUCUCAGGGGGUACGUGGCUAUGUGACUGAUCUGACCAAGGGAUAUACGGCUAAGCCAGUUAAGUACCUGGAGAUUGUGGAGCCAAUCUCAGACUUUCGCGUAUUGCGUAAGUUACUCGUGGAAAAGAACUUUAACAUUUUCGCAGAGAACGAUGCCAGCUUUUACAUCACAAAUGGUUACUUCUCCAUCAAGCACGUGGCCACUGAGCUUCACACCUACAAUACCAUGGCCCUGCAAUGCAAAUUGAUGAAAUUCUAUCGAUCCAGCUGGAAUCGACUGGCCACACGACGCGACGUCAUUAUGGACAUGAAGAUAGCGAAAGACAACUCGGACUUCUCAGAGGUCACAAUGCGUAUAACACCCGAGAAGACAACAUUUGUUAAAAUCUCCGAAAUGUGUUCCGAUGAUAUAGAAGUGGUGAAGCUUCGUUACGAGGAAACUUGGCGAAACGUCAAUAACUAUAAUGAUUUCGGUCAGGCCAUUCAAUCGUUGAAUCCCCAUACCCAAGAGGGAUCUAAUAAAGAAGCUAUGCUAUUCGUCUACAUUAAAAGGCUCCUGACUGAGAUUCGUCCCUUAAGUUACUCCUAGGAUCUUCGGCACUUCUGUAUAAAUUUUACAAUGAUUCAUAUUCUCGAACUAAAGUGAUUUUUACAAAAUGACAUUGCUGUCAAUUACAUUUACAAACUGACACUAGUACACACACAAAAAUACACAAA